CGUCACUCCACUCCACCAGCCCACGCUGGUGGCCACGGCCAUGACGGCACCGGAGGACUCCCACUGCCAGCUCCUGCUGCAGCCCCGCUGCCGGCGACGCCGUCGAGGACCAAGGAGGCCAAGAAAUCGAGCGCCGCGGAAGGGAGACCGCGCCGCCUGCUGGUCACGGAGGACCAACCCUCCCAGAACCAGCUGGCCGUCACUCCACUCCACCAGCCCACGCUGGUGGCCACGGCCAUGACGGCACCGGAGGAGGUCUCCCACCGCCAGCUCCGGCUGCAGCCCCUCUGCCGGCGCCAGUGGACGGGCGCGCCCGCGACGCCGUCGACCUGGACGACGGUGCUUCAGGGGAGGUCGUGGACGAGAAGUUCACGCCGAAGGGGGCCGUCAACCUCGCGUACAACAUCGGGCGCGGAAGCUACACUGGCUUCCAGAACCAGCUCCACCAAGUUCUAAGCACAAAUAGGUUGGUGGAGGGGAUCCCGGUGAUGACUCCCCAGUCCCCUGGGGCGCCGCCUACCUGGAUUCUCAUCCAGCUCCUCGGCAGCAACAUGAAGGAGAAGAUCACACUGGCCGUCAGGAACGACAACGCCUACAUUGCUGGGUUCAACAGCGGCGGCUGGUUCGCGUUCCCGCGGUAUCAGCGUCAGAUCGAUGGCUCCACCGCGCUGCCCAAGAGAGAAGACUACCCCUCCCUCAUCGGCGGCAGCAACAAUUUGGUGGAUCUCGACGUCAACAGGGACGCGGCCCUCGAGGCCGUCCACUUUCUGUCGACGUACCGGACCUCCGACGACGAAAGUAAGCUUGGCGUGAACCUGGCGAGGCUCUGCGUGAUCGUCGCUGAGGCCGCACGGUUCAGGCGAAUUUACAACGCGGUACUUAAUGGUUUGCAGCAGCAGGAGCACCAAGCCCGGCUGGCCGUCGAGGACGCCAAGUCCGUUGUCCUGUGGGGAGAGGUGUCCCGGGCCCUCGUUGGGUUUAACAAGACCGGUAAGUGGAUCGAUGGCAAGACGGCACUGGAGAACUUCAAAGCGGCGGGAAUUGGCAGUCCUCAAGAAGCCAUCGACGCCGUCAGGCUCCUGGUCAGGCCGAUGGACUUCAAGUUGGACCAGGCCUAAAGGUCCUGUUCUGCGUAGCAACUAGUUCUGUAACUUGGUGCGAACUGUGAUGAUGAUCGAUUGAGCUUGUGCUCCGAUCAAACAAUCUG